GGAGAGAAGCGGAAAUUUGCGUAGGAAGAAGAAAGCGUAGGACGAAGGAAGGAAGGAAGGAAGGAAGGAAGCGAGCGCGAUCGGAGCGCGGGCAGAAAGGGAAGGAAGGGCAUCAUAAGAGCGCGAUGGCGACUCCAGUGCUGAAGCGAUCGAGCAGGAUCAGCAAGUCUUGCAACAUGAGCGCGAACAUGGCGCACGGGGGCGGAAGCGGAGGAGGCAACAGCUGCAGCAGCAGCAGCAGCAGCAGCGGGGACGACGGCGCGACGGAGAGAGUCGAGUCGAGGCGAUCCAAGAAGCAGCAAUUUUUCUCGCGCGGAUUGUCGCUGAGCAACUUCUCGCGGUCCUUCGUGACGCUGCAGACAUCGCUGACCCGAAUUGCGCACCUCUCCCCGCACUCGCACUCGCACUCGGCUCCCGCCUCGCCGCGCAGCGUCGACGCCUCGUCGGCCUGCUCCACGCCCUCGUCCGUGUGCUCGACCUCGUCCACCACCAGCUCGUCGUCGGGGGGCGCCUCCACGCCCACCACCGCCUCGACGCCCCGACGACCGCUCCUCCACCACGCCAAGAGACCGACCUGCGUCGUGUUCGGCCGGCGCCGCGGCCACAGCAAACGGUCCAAAUCGCUGGUGGCGCGCGCCGUGGAUGGCGCAACGGCCCUGGACGAGAGGAGGCCCGUGCUGCUGGAGAAGGUGCCGUCGGGCAAGUCGGCGGACGAGUACCUGACCGUGUACGUGGGCAUCAAGAGGACGCAGCGGGUGAAGUACGUGAUCAGCCGCGACCUUCUGUCGCACCAACUCUUCCAAGUGCUGAUCAAGUGCAGCGAGGACGAAUUCGGCCAGGACUACACCACCAAGGGCGGCAUCGCCAUCAUCUGCGACCCGGCAUUGUUCCUCCACAUCGUCAAAGUGGUGGACGACUCUCUGCGAGCGACGGAGGCCCGCGCCGCCCACGACGCCGAGCUCGAAGAAAGCGCGUUCGACUCCGAGUGAUUGAAUGAUUUGACACUCAAUCAAUCAGCUCGCGCAUCACGGCGCCCGGUGGUGACGACCAUGAUGCCUGCCUGCCUGCGUGCUUGCUUGCAUGCAUGCCGAUCACUUCUGCGAGUGCUACAAUUUUGCUCUUCAGGCUGUACAUACGACGGCUCUCUUUUUGCCCCUUCUCUCAAUCUCCGCUCUCUCGAGCUUAGGACUCUGCAGCAGCAGCAGCGAGCAGCGAGCAUCAUGAUUUGGAGUGAUGCUCGCUGGUCAAAAUUAUGAUGGUGUCUUCGUCUUCCUCCUCCUUCCUUCUUCUCCUUCACAUCGAUUCAACCUUUUUGUGAAUCGACGACAUCCAUCCAUCAAUCAACCAACCAACCAAUCACUGAAUCACUCAUUCACGGCUGGCGCCUGCAGUGGUUGAAGCUGCUGAGAGGCACCGGGAGAUACACUUAACCUCAGAUGCUCUCUAACUGAAUUCGUUACUUCGAUCGAGACGACGACGGAUACCGUGUCCCAUCGGCCUUUCGAUGGGAUCAUCCGGUUGUACCAUAUAGGCUGGCGACGCAACGCAACCGCUCUCUGCACCACAUGUACCGCAGGAGGAGGACACACGAGCCGACGUUGCGCGCAGUCGAUUUCCCGCUGCCGCAGCCGGCCUCCGUGCCUCCGACAUGUACAUAAAGUCUUCUUGACACAUACUUGUAAUAUUAUCGAUCCAAACAUGAAAUCGAAAGCUCCAUCGGUUUUGAUCUUGUCACCACUGAAUCAUCACUUGGCUCCCAUUUUCAAUGCAAU